AUGUGUGGCCAUUCCGCCGCGCCCGGCACAGAUGCCUCCCUAGCCGUGACACCUGAAACCACCCUCUCACACUCGCAUUCCUCUGAGAGCGACGCAGCAAAGGGAUCACAAUCGUUGCGAGCUUUCGUCCCUAGCUCCACCCUUUGCGUCUCUGCGUUCGACCUGGUGACGUCCACCGCCCUGCCGCUGUCGAUUGUGCAUCACUCUCUGCGGGUCUACCUGUUUGCGAAAUGGUUGGCUGAGUGCGAGAAGAGUGAGUGGGCGGAUAGUGAACUCUUGUUCGUGGCAUGCAUAUGCCAUGACCUGGGUGCCACCCAGGCGCACAAUGGCCCGCAACGAUUCGAGGUCGAGGGCGCUGAUGCUGCCGCGGAGUUCCUACGCAGGCAGGGAAAGUCGGAAGCGGAGGUGCAUGAAGUUUGGACGGCGGUUGCUUUACACACCUCGCCUGGCAUCGCAGAACGCAUCACUCCAUUGGCUAGGCUGGUGAGGUUGGGCGUCCUGAUUGACUUUCGUCCGGCAACCCGGUCUUCCUUGGGCGCGGCGGCCUAUGCUGAAGUCAUCGAGGCCAAACUUCCGCGAUUGGAGAUUGAGAAGAUUUUGGGGGACGCUGUCGUUCAUCAAGCUGUUCAGAACCCAGCAAAGGCCCCGGCUGCUUCAUGGCCGAAUAACCUCUACAAGUCAUAUCUCGAGAACCCUGGAUGGACAGGUAUCAAUCGAGCUUUUUGA